GGAUGGAAGCAAUGGCGGCCAGCACUUCCCUGCCUGACCCUGGCGACUUUGACCGGAACGUGCCCCGAAUCUGUGGGGUAUGCGGAGACAGAGCCACCGGCUUUCACUUCAACGCUAUGACCUGUGAAGGCUGCAAAGGCUUCUUCAGGCGAAGCAUGAAGCGGAAGGCGCUGUUCACCUGUCCCUUUAACGGCGACUGCCGCAUCACCAAGGACAACCGCCGCCACUGCCAGGCAUGCCGGCUCAAGCGCUGUGUGGACAUCGGCAUGAUGAAGGAGUUCAUCCUGACGGAUGAAGAGGUGCAGCGGAAGCGGGAGAUGAUCCUGAAGCGGAAGGAAGAGGAAGCCUUGAAGGACAGCCUGCGGCCCAAGCUCUCUGAGGAGCAGCAGCGCAUCAUCGCCAUCCUGCUGGAUGCCCACCACAAGACCUACGACCCCACCUAUGCCGACUUCACCCAGUUCCGGCCUCCAGUUCGUGGGGACAUGUGCGGAGGCAGCCAUCCCUCAAGGCCCUCCUCGAGAAACACGCCCAGCCUCUCCGGGGACUCGUCUUCCACCUGUUCGGAUCACUACACGGCCUCUCUCGAUGUGAUGGAGUCGACCAGCUUCCCCAAUCUGGAUCUGAGGGAAGAAGACUCAGAUGACCCUUCUGUGACCCUGGACCUGUCCCAGCUCUCCAUGCUGCCCCACCUGGCUGACCUGGUCAGUUACAGCAUCCAAAAGGUCAUCGGCUUUGCCAAGAUGAUUCCAGGGUUCAGAGACCUCACUUCUGAGGACCAGAUUGUGCUGCUGAAGUCAAGUGCCAUCGAGGUCAUCAUGUUGCGCUCUAACCAGUCCUUCGUCAUGGAUGACAUGUCCUGGACUUGUGGCAGCCAGGACUAUAAGUACCGCAUCAGUGAUGUGACCAAAGCUGGACACAGCCUGGAGCUGAUUGAGCCCCUCAUCAAGUUCCAGGUGGGGCUGAAGAAGCUGAACUUGCAUGAGGAGGAGCAUGUCCUGCUCAUGGCCAUCUGCAUUGUCUCCCCAGACCGUCCCGGCGUGCAGGAUGCUGCGCUGGUUGAGGCCAUCCAGGACCGCCUGUCCAACACAUUGCAGACUUACAUCCGCUGCCGCCACCCACCCCCCGGUAGCCACCUGCUCUAUGCCAAGAUGAUCCAGAAGCUGGCUGACCUGCGUAGCCUCAAUGAGGAGCACUCCAAGCAGUACCGCUGCCUCUCCUUCCAGCCUGAGUGCAGCAUGAAGCUCACACCGCUGGUGCUGGAGGUGUUUGGCAACGAGAUUUCCUGACUAGGGUGGCCAGCAGGGGAAUCCAGGUGGGGCUGCUCCUCUGGGGCCCUGUGCCCUGGCCUGGGGCAAGCUGCUGCCUGGCAGCCCUUCCCACCCCGUCUGGAGUUCAGCCCCUCCUCCCCCACCUCCCCUCCCUCCCCAGCCACUCGUGUCUCCUGCCCAACCUAACAUGAGGUCUCCCUUUCCUGAGGACCAUAGGCUGCCCCAGACCCUUGGGACCUCAGUGGUGAGGAGUUGCUGUUUAUUUGACAAAGAAACUCAAAUGAGGGCAGAAGACAGAGGCUGGAGGUGGAACCUUGCCCAGGGAUGUCCCUACUGCUCCAAAAGUGGCUGCUGGCCAAUGCCAAGGGGUCAGUCGGGCAGGAGCAACACACCCAUUCCUCAGGGACAGAGAUACCUGUACCUCCCCCCACUCCAGGCCCCCACGUCCAGAGCCUAGUGGGGGUUCCCUUCCCCCUGCCACACCCACGGUACAUAAAUAGCCCCCACCCUCACCCCCAUCUCAGCCUACUGCCAGUCUGGGCUGUUUUGUCCUGGGCAGUGUGCCAUGGUGGGGGCUUCUCCCUUUGCCAUCCCCCCUGGCCUGUCCAGGACACUCACUGCCAAGGAUGACCAAAAACAAGGUGACAAAGGUCACAACCUCCCCUACUCCUCUCUGUUGGCCAAAGGGCACUUGUCUGACACUUCAAUGCCCACCUUCAUCCCAUUGCUAUGGUAACAAUCUCCCUGGAAGUAACCAUGUUACAAUGGGCUUUCUCCUCAUGGCAGGGGCCCACCAGCCCAGAGCUCACCUGCUGAGAUGCCCAAGGAGAGAGAGAGCAGGGCCCAGGAGGUAGGGGACAAGCAAACUCAGCCUCAUGGGAGGGUAGUAGAUAGUGGCCACAGCUGUCCUUGUCUUCAAGCCCAUGGCUCCUUGACCUAGAUCUAACAGGUUGGUCAAGUCGAGAGCUUUCCUUCCACUGAUCCAUGUGGCAAGGCUGAGAUGUCCCCAGGGUGCAGAGAAGUACCUAGCAGCAUCCUUAUCCUCACCCUGCCAGUGCCUUACCUCCCACCCAGGAGAGAGAACCAGAAGCCAUGGGUGCUGGAGGAGCCUCACCAAGGAUGGUCAAGUGGGAUGCAGAGAUGGGGGCACCUUUCCAAAUACUGCGUGGUCUGGAGAAGCAGUACCCCUCUGCUAGCCAGUGGGGCUAUUCUUUUCCACCUGGAAGAGAAGAACCCACAGACAGACCCCAAGAGCUCAGACCACACUCUCCCCCCACCUAUCUGGGUAUAGUUCCAAGGCUGCCAUCCCCCAGAGACCCAAAAGCUGUGUUCCAACACCUCGCUGUGGGAGGAUGGAGAGCCAGCUGGCAGCUGGGACUAGGCAGAGGGAACACCUAGGGGUGGGGUCAUGUGGGGCUGGUUCCCUUCUUAUUCUCACUCCACCACCCCCCCCAAAUCCGGAAGGGGUGGGGGAGCCUAACUUCCAACCCCAUUUUCCCUUCCAGAGCUAGCCCAGCCCAGGAGGUGGGGGCUCUUGUUCUGUUUACUCUGGGUGGGGUCCCUGGAUGCAUGAGUUGUAAGGGUGUGAGACCACUGCAGACAGGAUUCUUCCAGGAGUCAGAGAGGGUCCCUCGGAUCAUUGCUUGAGUUUGGGGAGCACAGCCACAUUUGAGGUCUCAAUGGUGGGGGGGGGUAACUCUUGUCAGUCAAUGCUGCCUCUGUCCUCUGUUGUUCUCUGAGAGCCUGGGAGCAAUCAGACUUACAGUUGCGAGCACCAUCAUGUCCAGCAGACCCAGUGUUUCUUCCAGUGGAGAAACAUCUGACAGCCACAUUUCUUACCCCACAAUACCAUCUGUAUGGCCAAGUCUGACAUUUAUUAGCUGAGUGGCUUCCAGAAUCAGACUCCAUUUUGUACUACAUUUGAAUGUAGCUAGUAGUACACACCACUGAUUAGAAGAUAUUUUGGGGAGAAACGCUUAACCUUGUAAAAUUUCUAUACACCUAUUAUUGGUAUUGUCCUUGCUGUUAUUUUACAAAUUAGGGAGAGAGCCUUGUUUGAUUCUGCAGAAGACAUUGGUCUAACAUGCUAGUCAGUGGGAAAAAAAAGGCUUAAAAUUUACUACACUAGUUCAACUCCCUUGCUAAGGAAAAUGGACAUUUAGAAGGAAGUGUGGCCAGCCAAGCUUAGACAGCUAGUUAGGGUUCCAGAGCUGGCCUGGACUGUGGACCCCCCACCCAGGGCUCUAUUCACAAACCACACUGAAGCUCAGAGCCCUAAAGGCUGACCUGGUCCCUUAGGAGAAGGUCUGGAUUUUAGACAGCAAACCUAGAUCCUGGACCCCUGCCUUCCUUCCUUGAGUUGUCACCCUGCUGAUCCAUCAGGAGGAGGAUGAGGAGGGACACCUCAACUUGUGUCUCAAUGUGAAUCAGACCCCCCACCCCUAAUGUGGCCCUGGCCCGAUGGGGUCUCUGCCUCAGCUCUGUAUAAUACUGUUGCCAUAUCAAUAAAGUGCAUUUGUCUUUGUAA